AUGGCUUUUACGGACAAUAGAGAUCUCUUAGAAAAGAUCCAUUCUCCUCAGUUUAGCUUGUUCAGCUGUAUUUUUGAGUUAAAGAACUACACUGAAUCAGUUGGUGUGCAACAUGUACUCGUUCAAAAGUUGCAUUCAUUUCCCUAUGAAGAAUUAGAAUUUUUCAUUCCUCAGUUUGUACAACUAUUAGUUGUUUAUGAAACGGAUUCAAUGGCCCUAGAAGAGUUUUUACUACAAUAUAGUGAAAAAUUUCCUCAUUUUAGUUUGAUUGUGUUUUGGAAUCUACAAGCAUACAUAUUUGAGUUAAGGAAUGAACCCGAGUCUAGAUCAUUUCAAACUGUGAGAAGCUUGAUUAGCAAAAUUCAAAACAUCAUGUUCAAUACGGACAGUUCGUUCAAAAGAAAAAUAGAGUUUAGGGAGAAUCUCCAACCAGGUCUAGUUUUAUGUGGCGCCAUUGCAUCUUCUUUUGCAAUCCCAAGUCUUAGCAGCUACUGUUUGCCUAUUAUUCAAACACAGGGUCGACAACAGAAGUCAUUAGUCUUCAAGCUUGCAAAUUUUCAAAAAUCCUUGACGAAGAAUUUGACUAUGAAGAACCAAAGAAUGUCUGCUGAGGUCCAGAAGGGCUCACAUUCUGACAACGAAUCGCCAUCUUCUUCAUUAUUUAAAAACUCCCUUCAUAGAUCUGCAUCCGUUCCAAGGUCAGGGGCUAAGAAAGUCAGUAUGUCUGUGCUGUCGGACGAAUCAGAGGCAUAUACGACUGAUGAUGAUGAUCAUAAAACCAGCAUCGAAUUAGAAAAGAGCUUGAAUUCAUUGGAUUUAGUUGAUCCCCAUAAAAAUAAGUCUGACAAGUACUCAGAAACGGAAGACAAUUUGCGUAUUAGCACAAUUAUAAAAUCUAAGAAAAGGGUUUCAAGCUCAUCAAGUAAAGCACCUGAAAGAUCAUGGACAGAGAUCUUGAGUACUGAUGAUUAUAGUGUGAACUCUAAAUCAUUACCUGAUUUAACCAAAGUUAAAGGUGAUGAGAUAACACCGUAUUUGUCCCCAGCAGAAUCAGAGACAUCGUUAGUUUUCCAUCACACGACUAUCGGAAAUGAUUUACUGAGAAGCAACUCGGUUUCCUCCAUUGCUCCUAAGUCUGAUCGUUUGGUAAAGGCACUUCAAGUCAAUUAUGCCAGAAAUGUAACACAGUUUAUGAUGGCAAUGCAGAAUAUUUCAAUCAGACUUUCUCAAGUUCCAAAGGAAGCCAGACUUUCGGCAUUGAGAGCAGAAUUAUCAAUCAUAAAUGAAACAAUGCUUCCAAGUGAAAUUGACAUCCCUCAACUUUUACCUAUCACCAGCAAAAGAAACAAGAAGUACCACAAGAUAUUGAAACUAAAUAUUAAUGAAGCUUGUGUUUUGAAUUCUGCUGAAAGAGUUCCUUUCUUGUUAUUAAUAGAAUACUUAAGUGAUGAAAUAGAUUUUAAUCCAUUUACGGAAUAUAACCAGAAGAUUAUUACUAGUAUGAAACUGAGAAAAGCAACGGAUACCAAACAACGAGACAAUUCAGAAUUUAAUGAACCAAUAGAACCGAGUAAAAUGAAUGGAACCGAUUCUAGAACCAGUGUUGAUAAACUGCCAGUUGAAAAUCUUCGCAGCUCGGAUAUUGAAGAAGCUGAUCUAAGUGAGAUGUCAAUGACCAAAAGAUCAUUGAAUAUAUCAAGAAACCUAACUUUAACUACCACACAUUCGGAUAUUUCAAAAGAACAGAAAGGAAUCCCAAAUAUCCCAACAUUGAAUACUCGUGAAGUUUCUACAAAAGUAUUAGCUGAUCAAAUGAGGAUUGCUUCAGUAAUGUUGCAACAAUUAGAUAGUUCUGGACAAGCAAACUCCGAGCAGUCAUUAUCCAUUAAAAGUAAAAUUGUGCAAUCUAUGAUUUCCCUUCAGAAUCAAUUUGAUUCAAUUGAUUAUGAAAAGUUAAAUCAAUUACAGGGUGACAAACCAAGUGCCGGGGAGCGAAAAUUAGAAAACGACUUCAAGCUUGCAGAAGACUGGAACACCAAAAAACAAAGAAUAAGAAAAGCAAGUGCAUACGGGCACUUGGCUAAUUGGGAUCUUUGCUCAGUGAUUGCUAAGAAUGGAGAUGACUUACCACAAGAAGCUUUUGCCUGUCAAUUGAUUUCUAUGAUUUCUAAUAUUUGGAAGAGAAACGAGGUUCCAGUCUGGACCAAAAGAAUGAAAAUCUUAAUUACUAGCGCAAAUACUGGGUUGGUGGAAACUAUUAUAAAUGCUAUGUCAAUUCAUUCAAUCAAAAAGUCGCUCACAGAACUUUCAAUCAAAAAAGGUGAAAAUGCUAAAGGGAGAAUUUUUACGUUGUUGGAUUAUUACAAAAAUGUUUUCGGUCCUGAAAAUUCCGCAAAAUUCAAAGUUGCUCAAGAAAACUUUACUAAUAGUUUAGCUGCCUAUUCUGUCAUUUGCUAUGUAUUGCAAAUCAAAGAUAGACAUAAUGGUAACAUAAUGGUCGACGGGGAUGGUCAUAUAAUUCAUAUUGAUUUUGGAUUCUUGCUUUCUAACUCGCCAGGUAGUGUUGGUUUUGAAGCUGCUCCUUUCAAGCUCACAUCAGAAUAUGUGGAUUUGCUUGGGGGAUUAGAUAGCCCCAUGUAUGCAAGAUUUGUGGAUUUGUGUAAACAAUGCUUCAAAAUACUAAGAAACAAUAGUCAAGAAAUUGUGGAUAUCGUUGAGCUAAUGCAAAGAGAGUCUAGUUUGCCAUGUUUCAAUAAUGGUGAGAAUACAAGUGUUUUAUUGAAGCAGAGAUUGCAAUUGGACCUCUCAGAGUCUGAUACUGAUUUGUUUGUUGAGAAUGUUUUGAUUGGAAAAAGUCUUGGAAGUAUGUAUACUCGGUUAUAUGAUCAAUUCCAGAUGAUUACACAAGGGAUAUAUAGUUAA